CGGGCAGGAGCCGCCGCCGGCGGGAGCGCAGCGGAGCUGGGCGGGCCGCGCCAUGCGGCUGUGCGGGGCGCUGCUCAAGAACCCCAUCCCCAAGCAGAUCGAGUACUACUCGCGCUUCUCCCCCUCGCCCCUCUCCAUCAAGCAGUUCCUCGACUUCGGCCGUGACAAUGCCUGCGAGAAGACCUCGUACAUGUUCCUGCGGAAGGAGCUUCCUGUGCGACUGGCGAACACCAUGAGGGAAGUCAAUCUGCUGCCUGACAAUUUACUCAACAGGCCUUCAGUUGGGCUGGUACAGAGCUGGUACAUGCAGAGUUUCCUUGAGCUUUUAGAAUAUGAAAAUAAAAGUCCUGAGGAUCCUCAUGUUCUGGAUGACUUUUUAGAUGUUUUAAUUAAAGUCAGGAACAGACACAAUGACGUGGUUCCAACCAUGGCACAAGGGGUGAUUGAGUACAAGGAAAAGUAUGGCUUUGAUCCAUUUGUUAGCAGUAACAUCCAGUAUUUCCUAGAUAGAUUCUACACCAACCGCAUCUCUUUCCGUAUGCUUAUUAACCAGCACACACUUCUGUUUGGUGGAGAUAUUAAUCCUGCUCAUCCCAAGCAUAUUGGAAGUAUUGAUCCUAAUUGUGAUGUGGCAGAGGUGGUUAAAGAUGCUUAUGAAACAGCUAAGAUGUUAUGUGAACAGUACUAUACAGUGGCACCUGAUCUGGAAGUUGAAGAAUUCAAUGCUAAAGCUCCAAACAAGCCUAUUCAAGUAGUCUAUGUACCUUCUCAUUUGUUUCAUAUGUUAUUUGAAUUAUUCAAGAAUUCAAUGAGAGCCACAGUGGAAUUGCAUGAAGGUAAGAAAGAAGCCUACCCAUCGAUCAAAACCUUAGUCACUUUGGGGAAAGAAGAUCUGUCUAUUAAGAUAAGUGACAAAGGUGGAGGUGUACCUCUAAGAAAAAUAGACAGAUUGUUUAACUACAUGUACUCAACAGCACCCAGGCCCAGUCUGGAGCCCUCAAGGGCUGUGCCUUUGGCUGGGUUUGGCUAUGGAUUGCCAAUUUCCCGUCUGUAUGCGAGGUACUUUCAAGGUGACCUUAAACUCUACUCAAUGGAGGGCGUGGGUACAGAUGCUGUUAUUUAUUUGAAGGCCCUUUCAAGUGAAUCAUUUGAAAGACUUCCUGUUUUUAAUAAGUCAGCAUGGCGGCACUACAAGACCACCCCUGAAGCAGAUGACUGGAGCAAUCCCAGCAGUGAACCAAGGGAUGCUUCUAAAUACAAAGCCAAUCGAUAAUUUGCCACCUUUUGUCUCUGUUGGAGAUAACCUCUGCAUUCAGUAUAAAGUCUCUGCUUUGUUCCAAAAUCCUUCAAACCACAGUAGCUAAUUACUUCCAAACAAAGACCUGAUCAGGGCAUUGAAAAAUACUAAGAACAAAGUGAUGGUUGGGACUUGCAGGAAGGCGCUGAGCACGUUUGGUAUGUGAAUCCUGUGUACUUCACCAGAAUAUGCUUGGUUGCUUCAGUCGUGCAUUGACAAAAGGGAUUGCACUGUGAUUGCACUUAGGAACACAAUGUUGUAACAAAAAGAUACUAUUUGAAGUGGCCAAUUCUUAUCCCAAUGUAAGGAUUGGCAAGGUGUGCAGAACCCCUGAGUGGUGAAUGGUAUCUUGCACAGCAAUAUGGUGUAAGAGAAAAAUUCUGACAUAGUUCAACGUGUGCUUCAUGCAGCAUUUGUAUUGCACAGUGUCACCCCUAAGAGAAAAUCCCUUUGAGCUCUUCAGAUCUUAUCUCUAGUGAGUUUAUAAAUGCAUAGUUCUAAAAAGGGUUGUGCAGCUUUAAACUGAUGCUUUCUCCAAAUUCCCAAAGCCAUUUGUCAUGUGCAUACAAAAGUUGUGUUGUUAUAAGACGGUAGGACUUCCACUCCUUGGUAUGCAGCUUAAUGAUUUUCUUCACACAGAAAUGCAUUUCUAUGCAUUUUUCCUUGUUUUGAGGAAAGCUCCUAAGUAGUUAGAUCAUCUCUUCAUACAAGAAAUUCUGUCAAUACAGGGGCAGGGGGUAAUUCAAGUUCCUAUUUGCUUAUCAUUUUAGGGGAAUUGGGGAGGGGAGAGAAAUGCUGAGAGGCCAGACAGCCAGUCAUACAAAUGAAUUUGCCUUAAGAGUGUUGGUUGUUUGAAACCUGAUUAGUUUAAAACCUGUAAAUAGUUUGCAAAGUUAUUUAUACAUUCAAUGUCUGACUGCAGUCUGGUAAUCUGAAUUUGUAGUGUAUAUAAAGAUGUUGUACACCAGCCUUUGGAACAUGUUAUUGGUCUAAGUACAUGAAACUGGAAAUACAGUAGAAAUGGGAGGGACAAAAUGUGGCCAGUACCUGAUUUAAGUUAAAAAAUAUCAAAGAUGAAAAAAAUCCAAGAAUUUUUCCCUUAAAUUUAUCAUAAGGGUCAUUCCUUACUAUUAGAAAACUGUUCUUCACAAAGUCUUUGCCAAAUGCUGUUUCUGAUACUAUGGCCUUUCAGAAAAACCUGUGAAAUUUAGAAGCUCUGGUGAUACAUUAGCUGUGGCAAUAAAGAAGAUGAGUUGUAAGCAGCUCUGAUGCACCCUCAAUUUCUCUUAAGUGUUUUGAUAUUUUUUGGAAAGAUAAUAGAGAUUUUAGCAUGGAAAAAUGAAAUUUGUUUACUAAAAUUGUGGGGGAACUGUCCCUUUUGUCCUCCCAGUAUUUAUUUUUAUAAAGAACUGAUUUAUUAGGGAAAUGCUGAGAAAUUCCUAGGUAUUUUAAAAAAAGAAAAAGAAUCUUAGUUUGACUUUACAAUAGUACUUUGCACUUCAUAGCACAUCUCAUUGAAGGAUUAUAAAGUGCUUUGAGCAAUAAACUCCAUAGAGCCCCACUUGUGAGCAGUUGAAGUUCUUGCCUUGCCUGUUGCAGUGAGUUGCAGACCUGUGUGUGCCAGGGCUGAGCUGCCAGGGCUGUUCCUCACACAGGGGUGGGAUCAGGCCCUGGGGCUCUCCCCGUGCUCAGCUGGGCAGUGCUGCCCCCAGAGCCCCCCAGAGCCCCCUCUGCCAGGGGCAGGAGGAGGAGGGGGCUGAUGGGGCUCUCCUGAUCCCAAACUGGGCUUGCUGGGGCCUGGCCAGAGGAUCCUGGCAGGGCAUGGUGAGAGUGUGACACCUGUGGCCUCCAGAGCAGCACCUUGCAGGCACUGCUGCAGAGAAGGCAGCUGCUUAUUCAAGCCAUACAGCUGUGGUGAAACCAGGGCAAUGGUUUGACUGAAACUCUGGUUGCAAGUCACAUCUACUAAAAUUCAGUCAUUUCUCUUCUGCCCCCACCUGUAACUUCAUACUGUUUCUUAAAUUAUUUCAAGUUGUGUGUGUUUCAUAGUAAUUGCAAGUCACAUCUACUAAAAUUCAGUCAUUUGCAAGUCACAUCUACUAAAAUUCAGUCAUUUGCAAGUCACAUCUACUAAAAUUCAGUCAUUUCUCUUCUGCCCCCACCUGUAACUUCACACUGUUUUUUAAAUUAUUUCAAGUUGUGUCUGUUUCAUAGUAAUUGCAGAGGAGAUUUUACUUAAAGAUAGAAACCUGUGAUGAAACUAAUAUUUCCUCGGUUGCAUGUGGUCAUUUUCUUAUAGAGCAUUACCCAAAACAUUCCAAGGAAUGAGGUAGUCUACAUAAGAAACUCGAGUUUCAGCUUUUCGUAGAAAUUGCAUUUUGAAGUAUAAAUCCUGACCUGGUACUUGUUUUUGGCUGUCUCCUUCUCCAUGAUGAGGAGAGGGAGCAGAAGGCAAAGGAAGGAUGCUGACACACUGGACUCGUUUCCAUGGUGGCCAUGGGAUGUAAACCAUGGAAACUGAAGAAAAGCUGAAGUUACUGAAGCUGAAGUGGAGGGUGUUGUGCUGUGUGAGCGAUGUCACUUGAUCCACAAGAACAGCUGGCUGCUUGCAGGACUGGAGUGCUCCAGUACCUGAAAACUGAACUCCCCUGAAAUGGCACUCAUUUCCAAGAACCCUGAGCUUGUACAAAUACCUCAAAACAGCUGGAGCACAAGGAAUUAAUUUUCUUUCCAUUUCCCAAGGUCUUUAUGGGGGCAUUACAAUGAAUACAAGAGAACUUUUCUUCUCUCCAGCCCUGCCCAGGCAGCCUGUGCUUUAGUGGCAAUCCAGGUGUGCCAUCAGUUGUUCCCCACUCACUGUCCUUAGGCCAUGUUUCUACAAAGGGGUUUUAGUCUGAAAACUGUUUUAGGAAGCAGCAACAGCAGACCUUCAAUUAAGGGAGGGUUUUUCAAUAGCUGUGCCUGAAAAAUGAGCAUGGGUGGGUUCUUAAAAUGGCUGGUUUAACUACAGAUACUGAUUUUUUUUUUUCCAGUUACUUACACCUUUGAUUGGAAUCUCUUAGAAUAACUAUGUUUUAAUAUCUUGGGGCUGUUAAUUCCAAACUUUCUGAUGAUACACAAUUUUUAUGAAUUUCAGAGUUAUGGCCUGCUGAUGUCAUUGCAACCUGCUCGUCUUGACUUACAGGACACAGAAAUACAAAAAAGUUUUCAGUGAAAUUGUUCCUUACCUGUUGUGUUUAUGAUUAACAAACUAAAUGAGAGAUGUUUGCUCCUUGAUUCUUCCUGAGAAUUUACAAACAAUUUCUGUAUGUCAUAGUGUAACAAAUAGUUUACUUUUUGUCCAUUGUGCAUUUUUCUGGUGUAUGUGUCUUGAAUGUAAUUUUAUUAAUCCUCUGCCUAGUUUAAUAUCAAUAGAAGUGUCUCCAAGUAAUGUACAUAUGCUCCCUGCUUUUCUAGGCUUUGUUUCAAGGCAACAUGGGGUCUUUCAGAGAAAAAUUCAGAAGAUAACCAAACUGCUUCUUUUGCAACUCAGGUGCAAUCUUUGCCUGUGUAAUUGACUAUGAUGACCUAGGAGAGCACAGAGAAAUCUUUGUCCUGCUGCAGUCUGUGCUACCUCCUGGGCAGUGUUCAAAGCAGGUCCAUUGGCACAUGCUUAAAGAACAUGGAUAUUAAUUACAGUGUUCUUGGAAAACUCAGGCUACUUUUUGGCCAUGAAAGGCUGCAUUUACUGCUACAACUGGGUAGUAUUGUUUUUUUUUGUCCUCAGAAGCAUUUGCUUUGAAAGAGCUGCUCGCUUUCUCCAAGAAGUGAGCAAGAGUGAUCUUUAGUGCAAUCUCCUGCUCAGCUCCACCCAGACAUUGUAUUUAAGGUGAUACCUUGACCUCACUGACAUGGAAGAGGUUUCCUCCUUCCUCACCUUAUUCAUGGGUACCUCUGGAUCCUUGUGUGUGAGGUGCUGCAAACAUGGUCAAGAUUCAUGGAAAUAAUUCUGUAGAAAACAGCCUCAGUGUUCAGUGUUAGUAUUUAUCUUGAGGAUAACAUCCCCAUUGUACAGUGGUCCCUUUCCUUGCUUGGUUCCAGGUUGCUGUGCUUUCUCUUCCUUGCUUCUUCCUGGCUUCACACCUGUCUAUGGAUUCACAUAUGUAAAUGUGUUUUUGCUGAAGUUGAGAGAAUAUGGUGGCACAUGACAGAACAAUGUGUUAGUGACUUCAGAGGUUGAGUUUGUUCACAAAUGAGGAAUGUAGCUAUAAAUUGUGCAGUGACUUCAGGGCUGAGUCUUGCAAAUACUUGCACAAGUCAACAGUGUAUGAGAGGGAUGCCACUCGAAUGUUCUCAGGAUCAGGACUCAGGUUGUUGAUAUCAAUUUGAAACAAUGAAGAUUUGUGUAAUUGAAGUGGCUUUCUAAUUAAAAAUAAAUAAGAAAAUUUAAAGUUCAUGUGCUUUAAUUGAAGCAUUAUGUUGCCUUAAAAGUCCUCAGAAAUCAGCAUAGUGAACUUGUUUGCUUCUUAAAUCUGGAGGGGUUUUCAUGUGGUACUAGAAGGAUUGAUGAGUGUGUGAUAAUUCUGACAUUGUCCUGGUGUUAAUUGCUUCAUUGAACUUUUCCUUUGAACUGAAACUGCCAAGAGGUGUUGGACACAAUCCUUUGAAAUCCCCACCCUGUGCAGGUGCCAUCAGGCAGAGCAGGCUCCAGGCAGUGCCCUGGGUGCUGUGGGCAGGGAUUGUCCUCAGGGAGCUGCAGCUGCCUCACCUGCCCUGGACAGUGCUGGCCCUGUACUGGCUGUGGUGAGUUUGUCAUGAGGGUGGAAGUUAAAUCCCUUUGUCCCCAGGGUCAGGUACAGGACAGCUCUUCCUGGUGAGCUGCUCUGUGCUGCACCUGGCAGGCAUGAGGGAAAGGGGUCCUGUGGUGCCUUUCCUCUGAAGUGGCAUCAUUUGAAUCUACUAAACCUGUAAUGGAGGGGUGAGAAGGUAUUUUUUUCAUGAGAUUACUUGGUGAUAUUUUAAAUUUAUUUUUGGAUCUUAUGAUACUUGUCUUGUUUCUAGUCUGUUAUCUGUGUAUUUGACUUGUGUAUACUCUUAAUUUCCUUUUUUCUUUCCAUGGCUGACAAAUAAAAUUACAUAAAAACUA